AUGCGAGGAAGACUCUUCCUCAUCCUGUUUGUGUGUAUCCGGAGUACAGGUGUGUUUGUAAACGGCGGAAUAAGACACGCUUCUGAAUACAUUUCAGAGCCAUGCACUCCUUUCGGAAGGGAAAGUCUUCUGGUGUCUCCGACGAUGCUGGGAGUCUCUUCUUCUUCAGGUGAGAUUGCAAUCAGACCUUGUUCCCAAAUACUUCAUUUUUCUAGGCACCGAACCAGGACUCUCGCGUCCUUCGGUGACCAACAACAACUUGUUCCCUUCGAGUGUCCGAGCACGCGGCGAGAAGAACACACACUUUGCGAUCCCGAACGGAGUCGCCAAGUCGAACAAGGAGAUGUCUGUUUGUGGGUCAUGUCUUCUGUUUUCUUUUCCAACUCCUGUUUGCUUCCAGCUCUCGGAGUCCCUUCCUCUCCCUCAAUUGUGGAUGCGAGCGAGUUGAACUGUUCGGAGUUUGAUGAGACGUGCAGAUGGAGGAACGUCGAUGGAAUGUUUGUCGAUGAGCUCGACUGGUACCAGGGCUCCGGGGAGUUAGAUCAAGCGAGACUUGCAGUGGCUACGGCUACCAAUGUGCUACCAGGUUGGCUUCCUUUCCGGAUGCGCUUAGAACUUUCUGAUUUCCAGAAGGACAAUACGCGAUCGCCGCCACCGAUAUGGUUCAGUUCCCGACGAUCAAAGCCGUUCUGGUGUCUGACCAGAUCGCCUGUCAGGUCGGAGACGGAGAGAUCCGUUUCAUGUAAUCCACUACAAGCCUUGUUCGUUUUUCAAGUAAUAAUAUUCUUUGUAGGUACUGGACAUCUCCGGAAGUUCAACUGAAAGUGUGCGUGAAGAAAAUGUCGAAGGUGUAUCCAGAUUUCGAUUUCUGCAGGCGAGUCCCCUUUUAGAACGUUCGAGAGAAAGAAUUUCUAGAGUUUUCAGCUCGGCCGUCGAGAAGAACGAUCCGGGACCGGUGUUCAUCAACAUUCCGGAGCAAGGCCCAGUUCCCUUCCAGAUUUAUAUAAUCGCUGAUCACUUUACUUUCAAUUCGGAUAACUUGAAGGGUUUGGCGAGAGAACGUACUUACACAGAACAAUCGUAUAUCUUCAGGAGGAUUCGCAAUCAUUGAUUCGAUUGAAUACUACGCCAGAAUGUGCAAUCCGGAGGAGAAGGCGUCUUUCGAUUACGGACAAGUAAACAUACAAACUUUCCCCUUUGACUUUACAAUACCAUUUGUUCAGAAGGGUUCGGAAAGUGUUCCUCUGAUUCCGUUGGCCGAAUCGAAGGAUGAAUACGACCCGACCGCCCAUGUUACCGUGAAAAGAGAUACUGAUUCCGACAUCGAGACUCUCCGCGCCUUUGCCUCUGCUCCUCCGAUGACUUUCCAAUUGGGAGUCUCGAAAGGGAUGGAUUCUCGAACGGGCAUUGUGGACUUCCCCUCUACUCCAGACAGAAUGGCUAUGAACUCAAUAGUAUCAUGCAAGGAUUCAUGUGACUAACAUCUGUUCAUCUUUUCAGAUAAAACUUCGUCGGCCGGCGAGCCAAGAAACCAACGAGAUAACGAAUGAGAUCGAGGAGCCGAUGGUCUCCACCGUCUGCGAAGUCAUCGUCUGCUCCUUCAAUGAAUCCGAACCGUGUUCCAAUAUGGCAUUCCAAUCCGACUGGGGCAUUUCCGCUGGUCCUAUCGGCAAUCCGUUGACGGGAGUGAGAGGAGACGCCUCUUCCCUUCCGUUCAAUGAAGACGGCUCAUUCGCGUACAUCGCCGGUCCUCAAAUGAAGACCCGCAUGCAGACGCCGUCAUUUUCAGUCGAUAAAGCAGUCACUAUAGUGUUUUCGUAUUAUAAAGUUAGUUUGGAGCAGAUUGAGCAGAUCCCAAUAUCUCCUUUCAGGCUGACAAAUCGAGCCGAUUACAAGUGCUGUUGAAGAAAGAGAAUUCGGACGAAGUGAUGGUUUACGAGGCUCCGAAACUGACGAGAAACUCCAGAAGAUGGUUUAGGGAGAGUUUGAGCAUUUCCCCAGGAAAAUACGAUUAUGUGAGCAUCCCGGAGAAACUCAUUUCUCAUUUAUCUUUCAGCUCUCCUUCGAAGUUUCCAACCUGCACCCCAAUCAUUAUGUGGGAAUCGAUGAGAUGUUUGUGGUGGACGAUCGUCGAAAAUCAUUUUGUUUCCAUAGUCAUUAG